UGGUCAGUUGAGCAUUGGUGGCAUUUAUAGUUGGUCCAACUCACACGCAACGCUUCUCUGCCCCAGCAUGUGUCCAACUUUCAAGCUGAUCUGCACCACUCUGCUGCUCUGCGCGCUGCACUCGCAGUCAGUAGCCGCUCAAGAUGCAGUUCCAGUUCCCUGCAAUGUCAGCGUCAGCAUGGCCUUGGAUUUGGAAAAGUUUGCAGGCAUUUGGUGGGAGAUUGCACGCCAGCCAACGUCAACAUACUUUUGCACUCAAAUCAACAUAACGGUGACGAAUGACAAGGAUGUGCAAAUCGAUACGACCUAUUCGAAUACGCCUAUAUACCCCUGGGUCAACCAGACCAUGAACGCCACAUUUACGGCGGAUAACAACACAGCCAAGCCGGAUGGCUACAACUUCACCUACUGGAAUGCACCCAACUAUACGCCGUAUACGGUGUACAAAGUGUUGAAUACAGAUUACGACAACUAUGCCUUCAUUUGUGGCUAUACCAAUGCCACCGAUGAUGACACUGCGUUCGGCAUUAUCAUAGCCAGGAAUCGCGUGCUCUCCACCGAAGUUCUCGACAAACUGGAGAGUGAAAGCUCAGCCAAAUACGAGAAUUUCUUCAACGGCAGUAUGAUCUUAGUUAGCCAAGCAGACACUUGUAGCGCCAAUGGAGCCGAUCCCAGCACAGUCUUUGGCAUGUUCUAUGCUGUGUUUGCCUGCAUCAUUUACUGCUUAACUAAAUAAUUUUGUAAACACAAUAAAUGAAUUACAAUUUUAUCUACUUCAAUUAA